UGCUCUGGCUUUAACGAGCAUUACCCACUCAAAUAAUAGACAACAACUGUGGAUUUUACGGGGGAAAUCUGGAUCUAAACACGGACAUGGAUUCAUUCCCGCCAUAUUACACGAGUGGAUUAUAAACGCACAGGAUUCAGAGAAUGAAGAUGCCUGAGGCUGGGAGGUAGAGGCCUCCACCAGAGAGAGUGUGUUCCAGGGCUGGGGCUGGACACAGAGACCCCUUGCUUGGGGGGUGAAGGGCCCUCACAGCCCUGUGUGAGUCUGGACUAUGGGGGAUGGAGGCGUCAGUGCUACUGGAGGAGAUGGGGUGAACAAGUCCCAUGUCCUGUUCGACAAAUUUGUCCAGGGGACCACAUUCAAGGGCACGCUCAAGGCCUUCCAGGAGCUGUGUGACCUUCUGGAAGUUAAGCCUGGCGAGUACAGGAUCUUCUAUCACAAGCUCAAGUCCAAACUCAAUUACUGGAAGGCCAAGGCGCUCUGGGCAAAGUUAGACAAGCGGGCCUUCCAAAAGGAGUACAAGAAAGGCCGUGUCUGUGCCAACUCAAAGUGUCUGAUCAUUGGUGCGGGACCAUGCGGUUUACGUACAGCCAUCGAGCUCGCUUUCCUGGGGGCCAAAGUGGUACUGCUGGAGAAGAGAGAUGCCUUCUCUCGGAACAAUGUGCUGCACCUCUGGCCCUUCACCAUCCAGGACCUCAGGGGCCUUGGGGCCAAGAAGUUCUAUGGAAAGUUCUGUGCUGGCUCUAUCGAUCAUAUCAGUAUUCGUCAGCUUCAGUUGAUUCUGCUCAAAGUGGCUCUUCUGCUGGGCAUUGAGAUCCAUGUCAACGUAGAGUUCAAGGGUCUUAUUGAGCCCCCAGAAGAUCAAGAGACUGAACGGAUAGGCUGGAGGGCUGAGGUCCACCCCAGGACACACCCUGUCAAUGAGCUGGAGUUUGAUGUCAUCAUUGGAGCAGAUGGAAAGAGAAACACGCUACCAGGGUUUCGGCGUAAGGAGUUCCGGGGCAAGCUUGCCAUUGCCAUCACUGCAAACUUCAUCAACAGGCACACGACAGCCGAGGCAUCGGUGGAGGAGAUCAGCGGGGUGGCCUUCAUCUUCAACCAGAAGUUCUUUCAAGACCUCAGAGAAGCAACAGGUGUUGACCUGGAAAAUAUCGUGUACUACAAGGAUGACACGCACUACUUUGUGAUGACUGCCAAAAAACAGAGCCUGCUGGAGAAAGGAGUCAUUCUGAAUGACUAUGCAGACACAGAGAUGCUGUUGUCCAGAGCCAACGUGGACCAGGCUGCCCUGCUGUCUUACGCCUGUGAGGCUGCCGAUUUCUCCACCAACCACCAGCUGCCCACACUGGACUUUGCCAUCAACCACUACGGCCAGCCCGACGUAGCCAUGUUCGACUUCACGUGCAUGUACGCUUCAGAGAACGCCGCCAUGGUGCGCCAACGCAAUGGCCACAAGCUGCUGGUGGCGCUCGUGGGCGACAGCCUAUUGGAGCCCUUCUGGCCCAUGGGCACUGGCAUCGCCCGAGGUUUCCUGGCAGCCAUGGACUCUGGCUGGAUGGUGAAGAGCUGGGCUCAGGGAAAAACUUCUCUUGAGGUUCUAGCUGAGAGGGAGAGUAUAUACCGUAUCCUGCCCCAAACCACGCCAGAAAACGUCAGUAAGAACUUCAGUCGUUACAGCGUGGAUCCAACCACGCGUUACCCCAACAUUAGCCUUAACUUCCUCAAGCCCAGCCAGGUGAGGCACCUCUGCGACACAGGGGACGCCGGGGAAAUGCGAAUUGAAAUUGAGAAUGUGAUCAACUCGUCGACACCCAAGUUGGCCAGGAAUGAUAAUUGCCUGCUUGACAAGCAGUUGCAAGAAUCCAUAGCUCGAUCCAGUAAGCUGCUGAACUGGUGCCAGAGACAAACCGAGGGAUACAGGAAUGUCAACGUAACGGACCUUACGAUGUCUUGGAAGAGCGGUCUGGCACUGUGCGCCCUCAUUGACCGAUACAGACCGGACCUCAUUGACUUUGAUUCCCUGGACGAGCGAGACCAGGAGAAGAACAACCAGUUGGGCUUCGACGUGGCGGAGAGGGAAUUUGGCAUCUCGCCCUGCAUGACUGGCAAGGAGAUGUCUUCUGUGGUAGAGCCAGACAAACUCUCCAUGGUCAUGUACCUCAGCCAGUUCUAUGAGAUGUUUAAGGACACAGUGCCCCCCGGAGAUAACCAGAACUUGAGUCCUGAGGAGAAGGCAGCGCUGAUCUCCAGCACCAAAUCUCCCAUCUCCUUCCUCAGUAAACUUGGUCAGAGCAUAGCGAUAUCCAGGAAACGAAAUCCAAAGGACAAAAAAGAGAAGGAUGUGGACGGUUUGGGGAAGAGAAGGAAAACCAGCCAGUCUGAAGACGAGGAGGUAUCCAGGACCGGUCGUGACGACAGGCCGUCUGUCCCAGCUGUCCUGUCGGAAAGAAAAGUGGACUCCUGCGCUGUGGGGAACCACAACAAGGUCAAAGUCAUGGCCACCCAGCUGCUCGCCAAGUUUGAGGAGAACGCUCCGCAGCCUACAGGACUCAAACGACAGGGGGACUCUCUGCCCAAUCUGGACCGCCUUUUGUCCCUUACCCCGCCCCAAACCCCUGUGAAUGAGCCAGUGCGCCUGGCGCCAGUCCCAGCAUGGAGAAAGAGACGCACACAGCAGCAGGAGCAGCUGAGCAUUCGCUACAAAGAAAUGAUCAAGGGUCAGAAGCUGCCCAACAGAGGGGAGCAGGCCAGAAGUGGUGCAGACCAACUGUCCAGCUCGGGCUCUCGGAGCUGCCCAAAGAAAACCAUUCUUCUCCCUUCUUCCUCUUCCACUUCCUCGCUCUCUCUUCACUCAGAGCAUUUGCGUAAAACGCCGGAGGAAGAGGAGCUUGAAUACUACGAGAUGCCUCUGAAAUACAGGGAAGGGAAGCUGCUGCACCUGACUGAGCCGAAACCCAUUCACAUACCUGGCAUACAGGAGAGGGCUGACCGCCUAAUCUCCAGGUUUAAGGGCAAACCUGACAGGCCACCAAAGCCUAAGAAAAAGACGUCCCGUUUCUUUUUAGAGCAGUGGCACUUGUCCCACGGCCUGACUGAGAGUCCUGGUUCACCACUAUCCUCUCCUGACUCUUGCAGAAAGGAGCCAGCAAGGCCUCUGCAGUCUGAUGAUGACAUGCCCUUAUAUGUGCUUAGUAUUCAGGAGAGGGCUGAGCAACUUGCCUCUCAGUUUGAGGGAAAGCCAGCCCGACCAAAGCUUAAGAAAAAACCCUCCCGUUUUUUAAUGGAACAAUGGCACCUGGCCCGAGCCCAGUCUCCCCCUGAUUCUCCCCCCUCCACCUCUGACACCUCGAGACAGCACUAUGUGAGGAUGUACACAGGCGGAGUUAGCUCAUUGGCUGAUCAGAUAGCCAAUCAGCUUCAGUCUCAGGAAGAUCCUAAGCCCCUACCUGAAAAGAGGGAUUUGGGCUCUUUCAGAAAAGAGUUCCCCGUCAACUUUGGUGGCAGCGAUGUGUGCUUCUUCUGCCGAAAGCGUGUGUACGUGAUGGAGAGGCUGAGUGCAGAGGGGAAGUUCUUCCAUCGCAGCUGCUUCAAGUGCGAAUACUGUAGCACAACACUACGACUGUCCUCCUACGCCUUCGAUGUGGAGGAUGGGAAAUUUUACUGCAAGCCCCACUACUGUUACCGUCUAUCUGGCUAUGCUCAGAGAAAGAGGCCUGCUCCCUCGCCUUCUCAAAUCACUGCUAAGGAGAACCAGGCGCACCAAACUCCUACGGCGACUGUGGAUGCCCCCGGAAGGGCGAUGGCAACGGCAGCCCCGUCGGCCGAGCUCCAGCCCUCAGUACCGGAGGUCAACGGCCUGCAGGAGCCCAGCCUAGCCAAACGUCUCCGGGGAACUCCAGAGCGCAUCGAGUUGGAGAACUACCGCCUGUCGCUGCAGAGGGAAGAGGAGCUGGAGGAGGUGCCUGAGGAGACACUUGCAGAACACAACCUCAGCAGCGUGUUGGACAAGGCCACAGAUGCUGACCUGGGCUCCAGUAGCUCAGAGUCAGACAUGGAGGAGGAGGAUGAGCAGGAGGACCAUGAUCAGGAGGAAGGUGAACAGCAGCCUCUCAGCCCCUCAGACCUUGGCGGGGUUCCCUGGAAGGAGGCGAUAGAGCUCCACGCCAAACUGAGGGGCGAGGAGGGAGACGACGUGGGCGAGGCCCUGGCCGACGCAGUCAGCCGAGACGGGGAAGUAGAUGAAGACGAGGAGGAGGAGGAGGAGGAGGAAGAAUAUGAGGAUGAAGAUGAGGAGGAGUCGAGCGAUGAGGGGGAUUACUGCCCCUGGGAUAGAGAGCUCAUGUCAGGCCUUUGGCUGGAGAAGCACCUCACAGAUGAAGACGAUGUUGGUACAUUUAAAGCCAGGAACAUACAGAUCCAACAAGUCCUGCAGCCUGUGGAUCCCCAGCUCCUUCCAGGUUUGGUGAGAACACACCUGGACUCUGAGGGAGACAAGGAGGCACAGCUGGCCUCGGCCUCCCAACCCUCUGAGCUCACGCAGCCCUCCUCCACAGCCCCCGCCCACACAUCCGCCCGACGCGAGGCAGUGAGAGUCUGGUUGGAGUCCGUGUCUGGAGAGCUCUGUGAGGAUGAAGAUCUGGAAGCAGAAGCAGACAGUCCAGAUAUGGAGCCCGGUACGGAGAUGGAUCAGGAUGACAUCCCUUCAGAUGCAGAAGCUGAGGCUCGCUUGCAUCAGUCAGAGCGUACUGAAGUGCUUCCUGAGGAAGAUAAGAAAUCAGAACGUCUGAGAAUGCCCUCCAGUAUUGAAGCAUCUCGUGUCAGCCCCACGCAGAGAGAAGAUGUUGUUCUUUCCCCACUGAAGCCAUCUCCGGAGCCUGACUCACAGAUAAUUCUGGUGAAGUCUCCCGGCGCUCGCUUUUUCCCAGAACCGUUCAUACCUGAGGAAAGGGAGGCCGAGAGGACAACUCCAUCGCUCUCUCCAGCCCUGUGCACUUCACCUGCUCCAGUUCAGGAUCCCUCCGCUGUCCCGUCUCCUCCUCUCGCUGCCGCUGCUUCCCCUGUCAGUGUCCCCGCAUCUCCCCUAAGUUCACUGGCCAAAUCACCCAUCAGCUCUCCGGUCAAGCCGACCAUCGAGUCCCCUGUCAGAUCCCCCGUCAGGUCACCUGUUGGCUCCCCAAUCUGCUCUCAGCCCACCCCCCUCCCAGAGACUUGCACACCUAAAUCUCCUGUGUACCCUCACCGCUCUAUUUGUCCUCUCACAGGCAACCCCCUCUCCCCAAUCUGCGCUCAGCCUUUGCCCUGCCAAGAGCCCUCGUCCCCCCUCUCCUCUGACUCUCCCGUCAGAACUCAGCCCAUCCCCGGGGUCACUUCGACGCCCAUGACCAAAACGGACAAGGGCACGCCUGAGCCCUCAAAGUGCGUGGAUUCCUCAUCAGAUGAAACUCCAUCCAAAAAGACCGAUAUCAUUGAGGAAUUUUGGUUGAAGAGUGCUGAGAUCAGGAAGAGCCUCGGCUUGACUCCUUUGGACCGCAGUAGUAAAAUCUUAGAGAAGAGUGUUGUGAUCUCUCCAGCGCAGGACUCCACCCCUGUCAAGACUCCAGAUGUCCCAGAGGAACAAAAGCCUCCCUUUACUGGCCGCGCAGUCAUUCGCAGGCUCAACAUCACUCUCGAGGGUCAGGUCAUUACCCCCAUUUCUCCUGCGGAGCCUAAGAGUAAUGGCUCUGAUAAGAGGGACCUCAGCAGCAGCUCCGGCUUGGGGCUGAAUGGGAGCAUGGCCACCAGCCAGAUAGCAAACAGUGACAGCUACAACACGUCCGACUCCGCUAUGCUCACCCCGCCCUCCAGCCCGCCACCACCUGUGCCUGCUAAUCAAUCUCCAGCCGUGCUCAGGCUGCAGAAACACCAGGUGUCCUGGAGCAACGGGACAGAAAAGCAUCCACCCGAGCGAGCCAAAGAGCCAGCAGAAGCCAAGAGUCCCGUUCCUGCACCGAGGACCCAGCUGAGCCCCGUGUCUGCGCCCAAACCCGCACCCAGGAAGGUCUCCUCGCCUCAGUCAGAUCCGGAAACGAUGACUCCAGUGGUUGUCAUGAGGGAGAAGAAGAAGAAGCUACGGCCGUCGCAGGAGAUGAGGAAGUCGUUUGUGGAGACUGUGGAGGAGAUUCCGUUUGCUGACGACGUGGAGGAUUUCUACGAUGAGCGGACGCCAGAAACGAGCAUGAGCAGGUACUACACUCCAGCCACCAGCAAGCCCAACAGGGACAGACCUCCCCUUCAUCUGGCUCUAGCUAUGGAAAACGGUAAACCCAACAUCCCUGGCAACGAAGCCUUUAAGACCCAGAGGGCAACUCAAUUCUCCCCGGAGGCCAAGGAGAUCGCCGAGGAGAGAAUGAAGGCCCGAGAAAAGUCAGUGAAGAGCCAGGCAUUAAAAGACGCCAUGACCAAGCAGCUAAACAAAAUGAAAGAAUCUGACACAGGCAAGGGAGCCUCACCUAAAGUGGCCUGGAGCGUAACGCCAGAUGCCGCCGCCGGAAAAAGUAAAAAGUCAGCGGGAUCUCCGAAGACAUCCGCCGUGAAAGCUCUGGAGUCGAAGAAGGCGGAGACUUUACCUGAGCGUUUCUUCAGCAGCAACAAGAGUCUGGACAGCUCGGUGGUGUCGUCAGAAGGCUCCACCUCGAGCAAGAGCAAGAAGCGGAGUUCUCUCUUCUCGCCGCGCAAGAAUAAGAAGGAGAAAAAGGCGAAGAACGACAGCAGCAGGCUCUCCAGCACAGACGAGACACCGCCCAAACACAAAUCGCUGUGGAAGGCCGUCUUCUCGGGGUACAAGAAGGACAAGAAGAAGAAGGAUGAUAAAUCGUGUCCGAGCACGCCGUCCUCGAGCUCCACCACUCAGGACUCUGGGAAGAAGAAAACCUCACCUCCUGGGAGAUCAUCUGACAUGAAAACCCGCAGAAACUUGAGCUUCUCUGAGGACUCAGACCUGUCCUGUGACGAUGUUCUGGAGCGCUCUUCCCAGAAGUCAAAGGCAGAUCAGCACAUGGACAUCUUUGACCUAGUAUCAGGCAUGCAGAAGGAAGCGAUUAAGGAGGAGAAGGAGAGAAGGAGGGAGUUAAAGGAAGGGAAAAGGGUGAAAGAGAGAGAGCGGGAAAAAGAGGUUGAUCGAGAAAAGGAGAAAGACGACGAGGAGUCUGUUUAUGUCCCUCACGCACUGGCGUUCAAGAGAUCGUACGCCACAAAGAAAACCUACACAGAGGAAGAGCUGAAUGCCAAGCUGACACGAAAGGUCCAGAAAGCUGCACGACGGCAAGCCAAGCAGGAAGAACUCAAGAGGCUGCACAGAGCCCAGAUCAUCCAGAGACAGUUGGAGCAGGUGGAAGAGAAGCAGAGGCAGCUGGAAGAGAGGGGCGUAGCUGUGGAGAAAGCUUUGAGAGGAGAAGCAGGAUUGUAUAAAGGUACUUAUACAUUACCCAAACAGCACAAAAGAAGAUCAGACUAUUGGGGAGAUUCUAAUUACAGUGAAAUCCUGGACUUGCAUCUGGGCGUUGAGCCCUUUGUGGAGAUGCCACGCCGACGACCCCUCUCCUUCUGCCCCUGCUGGUCCCCCGAAGGCAUGGGCAAGAAGGACGACCCCAAGCUAAUGCAAGAGUGGUUCAAGCUGGUGCAGGAGAAAAAUGCCCUGGUCCGCUAUGAGUCCGAACUCAUGAUAUUUGCCAGAGAGUUGGAGCUGGAGGACCGACAGAGCCGGCUGCAGCAGGAACUCAGGGAGCGCAUGGCCGUGGAAGACCACCUGAAGACAGAUAAGGAGCUCAAUCAAGAGAAGCAGAUCUUGAAUGAGAUGCUGGAGGUGGUGGAGCAGCGCGACGCCCUGGUGGCCCUCUUGGAUGAGCAGAGGCUUCGGGAGAAGGAGGAGGACAAGGACCUGGAGUCCGUGAUGCUCUCCAAAGGCUUUGACCUCAACUGGGCUUAAGAGGAGUAAAGCAACUGCUCGUCGAGACCCGGGAGAAGGGUUGACUCGUGAUAAGCGGUUUCUGCCUCGUCUCUGAUCAGAAUGCCGAACACCUGCAGCAGUGAAUGUGUAAAGACUCCCCCGUCACUCACAAAAACACUACGACUGCCUCUGACAUUGAAGUGGUCCGCAACGUUUACAUAUCCUCUGCCCAAAGGCAGUCCCGGGUUAAUCGCUUUGCCGUUUCGCUUGCUCUCGCUCUCUGAGGGUGGAGAGGCGAGUGCAUCCACAGCUUUAUCAUCCCAGCCUUGAAGUGGAUCCUCUCCAAAAGGGCGGCCUUUUGGGAGAAUGUUUAAAGACUUGUUUCAUUCUCGAUUAUCUAAAGGGAAGAAUGCAGUUCGGUCCUGCUGAUGUAAAGGAAAUGUAAAGAAUUGUGUUUUUGUGUAUAGUUGUGUAGAACAAGUCACGUAUUCGGUGGAUGAGGGUGCUCUCUUAUCCUGAAAAAGGACUGCUGCAGAGGUGUGUUUACCUCACACUCUCCUCUUCAGUGUGACCGUAGGGAGGACAUCCUCUGCUGAAGCUGCCUUUCUCUCCAGUGACAAACUGACUCCCGCAUCCUUAUGAACCAUAAAGACACCAUAAAAGACUACCCCACCUCCCCCCUCCACAGAGUGUUUUAGUGAGUCAAAAACACUAACAAUCCAUUAAAUAUGGCCAUGGGUUUUAUGUAUUUAUUAUAUUUGUUUGCUUUUAACAGAUAAACAUUUUUGUUUUGUUUUGCAUUCACAGGAGAGAGCCCAGAAUCUCAUUAUCUUGCACGUGUGCAUGACUCAGAUGCUCCCAUAAGCCAUUGCAUGUCAGGAAUGAAGGCUGCAGGCACAUAGAAGAACUUUACCUUGUCUUUGAUAGCUUUGAAUACACACUUAUAUAUGAACACUUAAACAUUUCACAUGACUCGAUAAUGAUGGGCCUCUCCUUGACAUGCCAUUCACUGUGUAUCACGCUGACGGUUGACGUUUACAAAUACUUGUCCAUAUUCUAGUUUGGUGGUUUAUGUUUUCUCACUGUGGUAAACAGCAGGGAGGUAAAACAACCUUGGAAAGGAUUCAUCUUUGAAGGAGCUGUCUCUUUGAAUUCAGAUGUUUUCUGACCAACGUGCGUUAACAUUGGGAUGUUGUCAUUAACGAAGCCGAUUUCACUGUUACAUUACUCAUUUUGUGCCACAGGACUGUCUCUGUUGGUGGAUAUGCUGCAAUAUCUGAGGAGAACACCAUGGGGACUUACACACUACACACCACUCACAUCAGUGCACAGCAGUGUUAAUACUUUACCUUUGAACAAGAUGCCUUUUACAUUUUCAUUCUCUAUACUUAAGUUAUAUUUUAUUUUUCUGAGUUGACUUGUUUUUGAGGUAGUCACAUAUGUGUAUCCCACUGGAACUCGAGAUUUCUACCUUUCUUUUUUUCUUCUUUAUUUUUCAAAUACUUUUAUACAGCAGGUCCCCAAUCAACAAAUACACACUUUUAAAUGGGGGGGGCACUGAAGAAAUGCAAAGUGCUUUACGAGCAACUUGCAUCAAACGGGAACGUUAUGGUUUAUCUGGUGGGCAGUCAAAUCUAAUAGCCUUUUUGACAACUGUAAAAAUCCAGAUGGUCACUGUUUUACAGCACAGAAACACUAGAGGCUAUAUUUAUGACUUGGUAUGAGCUGUGAAUAAAAACAAAGUGAUAUAAUUUUAAGGAUUGUUGUUUUAGAUGGUGUGUGAUAAGUUUGACAUGAUUGUAUUGAUAUUUAUUAACAUGUGUGCAAACUGUAUUAUAUGUAAAGAAAAAUGAAUCCUAAUUUUUAAACUGUUCUGUUGACACAUGACUUGUAAUGUAAAUGCUUCAUGUAGCUAAAAUGCAUAGGGGUGUUGGAUGUAUGCUGAAAAGGCAAUAAAACAAUGCAGUUGUUCUUUUAAA